CAAUAAUUUACAUUCAAGAUGAGGAAAUCAGGCAGUCAGAGUAGUAUCCCUGUUCGUCUAUUUGGUCCAUCUAUUUCUAGCAAUAGAGGACAUAGGGAUAGUUCAAAAUCCAGAUUAUCAAGUCAAGAUGGUUUAGCUUUAAAUAGACCGUCAAGAGCAACAUCACUGGACAGAAAAUCCCAAACAAAUCUUAUAACUCCCUUAACUAGACAAAAAAGUUUCCAGAGAAGUACACCAGUAUCAGCAAGACCACAAUCACUUGAUAGAAAAUCUCAUGUUGCUGUAAAACAAACUCCUAGACAAAAUUUUCAAAGAACUACACCAAAUUCUCUAAGAAGCGGUAGUAGCUGUAAAUCAUCAAUAUCUGUUUCUGCAUUAAAAGAGAGAAAGACUAUUCAAAAAUUAAGUACUAAUAAGGAUUGGGUUAAUGCACAAUAUCAGAAGGUUAAGCGUUAUAUAUCAACUUCCGAAAAGAUCGACCCAACUAUUGUGAAACCUGAAAAUAUCAAGCCUCCAUCAAUAAAGGGGUUCAUAUAUCUCGUGUCUGUAUUGUUCAGUGAAUUAUUUCCUUCUGUAAAUCUAUCUAUGGAAAAUUAUAAGGAAGUGAUUGCAAAAAAAUUAAAGGCAAUGCAUUAUCCUGGAUCCAUGACAAACUCUGUAUUGAAAACAGUAAACACAAUGCAUUCCUGGCCCCAAGUCAUCGGCAUGUUUGGAUGGUUGAUAGAUAAAGUUAAUCUAGUAGAUAAUGGUAAAAUUGAUUUAAAUAAACUUACACCUGGAGAGCAACAACAAUGUACGCUAACACAGCUUUGCAGAGAUUAUAUUUUGGAAAGAUACCAACAAUUUAAUAAUUCCAACGAAGAUAUAGAAGACAAGGAACAACUGGAAAAUUUUAUUUCUGCUUUUGCAAGUAACGUUGGUGUAGAUAAAAAUUCUUAUGAGCAACUAAAGAAACAAGUCGAAGAAAAGGAAAAGCAUUUGGACAGUCUUAUAAUUGAAGUCCAGGAAUUAACUGAAAAGAAAAAGAAUUUAGAAGAAAGAAAAGCUAGUUUACUUGAAAAUUUGAAUAAACUUCAAGAAAACGACGCUGCCGAGGAUGCGGAGUUAGAAGUGGGAAUAAAUCACUACACCAACAUACUGAAUAAAUUGGUACAAAGAGAAAAUGAUCUUAACGAAAAUAUACUAAGACUUGAGGAAAGCAUAAAGAAACAGCCGUGUACAUAUCAGGAAAAAAAGAAUCUCUUGCAAAAUAUUAAAACCAUGAAAAAUGAAUUAAAUAUAAUUAAAGAAAAAGUUAAACAUGAUCAAGAUAUUAAACUUGGUUUUGAUACAGAAAUCCAAGAGGAGCAUGAAAAGUUACAAUCAAAAGUCAUCGAAUGGAAUCGAUCGUUAAGGACAGUCUGUAUUAAAAAACCCGAUUUUAAGGUUUUACUUUUCAAAGAAACCGGUCUACACAGGACCGAAUUCCUUGACGAAAUUAAGGAAAUUGCCAAAAUUAAAUCAGAAAUGGAAAAAAAUAUGCUCAAAAAGAUGGAGACGAUGGAAAUAAAUUUAAAACAGUACAACGACGACAUUAAGAACAUGACAAAGGAACUAAGUGUUGUUCAAGGUGAAAUUCAAUCUAUAGUUCAGACCAUUAAUGAACUAAAUAAAAGGACGGCAUUACUUGAAAAGGAAUCGCAAGAGCAAUUAGAGGAAUGGGAAAAACAGAAACAGACGUUACUCUCAAAUUUAAAAGAUUCUGAUGAACAAAGAGAACUAGAGAUGACUGAAGAGGAAAAUGAACAACUAUCCCAGAGGCGAAAAGAAUUAGUAGAUUCUUUGGAAAAAUUCAAAGUAACUUCUGUCGAUUUUUUUCUUCAGAUUUACAGACAAGUUAACAGUCAUAUGGCUGAACUGAAUAAAAUUGUGGAAAAAGUCAAAAGUCAAGUAGCAGAUGCCGCAUUAAAAGAAUUCGAUGAACGAGCCCAGUUAAAUGAGUUUUUAGAAAGUUUACAAGAGAAUAAUUAGUUAGAAAAUAAAAUUUUACUAUGUACUAUAUAGACUUUUUACUUUGGAAUUUAUCCUAUACACAAACAGAAACAUUCAGUAUUUUAUUUAAAAUGUUGACUCUAUUUUUCACCCUA